CCGAUAUUGUAGCUGAGACGCACCGGCUCCAACAAUAUUACGGUGCUGUACUGAGUCAUAACUCUCACCAUAAAUUUAAGACAAGGAGCUGUUUCUAAUUGAAGGACCUGAAAUAUAGAUCUUCAAUAAACUAAUUGAAGAUGAUUAAGCUCUUUUCUCUGAAGCAGCAGAAGAAAGACGAGGAAUCUGCUGGAGGAAACAGAACAGGAGCCGGGGGUAAAAAAGCAAGCGCGGCCCAGCUUCGAAUACAGAAAGACAUCAAUGAGCUGAACCUCCCAAAGACGUGCGAGAUCGUCUUCCCCGACCAAGAUGAUCUGCUCAACUUCAAACUCAUCAUCUCACCAGACGAGGGCUUUUACAAAGGGGGAAAGUUUGUCUUCAGCUUUAAGGUAGGACAGGGCUACCCUCAUGACCCCCCGAAGGUCAAGUGUGAGACAAUGGUGUACCACCCAAACAUUGACCUGGAGGGCAAUGUCUGCCUAAAUAUCUUGAGAGAGGACUGGAAGCCUGUGUUGACCGUAAACUCCAUCAUAUAUGGACUACAGUAUCUAUUUCUAGAGCCAAAUCCAGAGGACCCCUUGAACAAAGAGGCGGCGGAGGUCCUGCAGACGAACCGACGGCUCUUUGAGCAGAAUGUCCAGCGGUCGCUGCGGGGGGGCUAUGUUGGCGCCACGUAUUUUGAGCGUUGUCUCAAAUAGCUCCUUGCCCGUGUCGCUUUUCUUCCCCCCCCCAAGACGCAUUACCGUUUACACACGCUGAGACACUGACUGAUACACAAACUUGAGCGGUCGGGGAGGGAGGGGGUCGAUGGAGCCGGAAGGGGAAAGUAUUGGGGGGUGGGGUUCACUCGGGGGAAGGGAGGGGGUCCGAAGGUAAAGAUGACAGGUUUGGAUGGUCAGUGAAUGUCGCUCAGAGAAUCGGUAUAUUGCCACUACGCUGAUGCCCACAGUUGUUAUUUUGCGGAGAUAGACAUGCCAACUGAUCCUCCCACUCGCGGACAAGGACAAAAACACACAACCGAGAUACGCACUUAGACACCUCCCUUUUACUAAAGGAUCGCGUUGUAUGUUUUGAACACUAUGCGAGACCUCUCGAUUACGAGAGCUCUGAACCUGACGGAUCGCACCCAUGCUUGGUGGCGAAACUUAUCAUAUAUAUAUAUAUAUAUAUAUAUAUAUAUAUAUAUAUAUAUAUAUAUAUAUACACACACACACGCCUCAACAACAUGCCUACUGACACGCAAGGCAUAUGCUAUCACAUGCGCACACGUGUUUCAGACAGGUACCCAUACCAACCCAGAUGCAUAAUACAGGCCAUAGACACACUGGCAGAGGACUGACGCAGACAUAGAUUGACAGGAUCAGUAAUGCAGGCAGGGCUGUUGUGGGAUUGGGAGAUCUUUUUAGUUUUGUUAUGGUUUUCUGGGUGGGGUGGGCGUUAGAUUUCAUUGGGAGGGGGGGUGGAGGCUUACAAUGUUACAAUUCUAUUGUGUAUAUUGAAAUCCCAGCUGUUCACAAUGACUGCAAUAUGAAUUAUGUUAAAUAAAAUAUGAACUUGAAUGAUAAUUAUUGUAACAUCUAUACAAACUACAACUUAUGUCAAUGGGGCUUUAUUGAAUUUAAGGUUUAUUUUAUAACCGAACUCUACCCUGAGUUAUACAGCCAAUGUAAUAUUUAAUUGUACUUUAUGAAUUCAUCAAGAUGCAUUCAGUUUGGCUGUGUUCAGAAAUGUUGAGGCCAUAAUGGGUUAUUCCCAUAAAACAGUGAUACAGUUCACUCACAGGCCCAUUUAACCAGUCAAGGCUCUGUUUAUGGUUUUGUAAUUUAAUCAUCUCAGGCUGCCAGUGGUGAUUAAGCUCAUUGAAAUUAAUUAACCCUUUCAAAUGAACUAUGCGUACUCACUUUAGUUGCUAGGAUCCAACUGACAGGAUCCUUUGAAAAAUCUGAGAUCAGCUGAACAAAGAUGCAUUGUUCAUUGCCAUGGACCGAGACAAUGUAAUGCAGGUUUAUAUAACGCUUGCCAUUAUAAUUGAGCCAUGGUGAUACAGGGUGGCAGCGUAGCCUAGUGGUUAGAGCGUUGGACUAGUAACUGAAAGGUUGCAAGUUCAAAUCCCCGAGCUGACAAGAUACAAAUCUGUUGUUCUGCCCCUGAACAAGGCAGUUAACCCAUUGUUCCUAGGCUGUCAUUGAAAAUAAGAAUUUGUUCUUAACUGGCUUGCCUAGUUAAAUAAAUGUUUAAAAAAAA